AUGGCCAAGAAAGCCAAGUCCCGUACCAUCUCGGUGCGCCUCAUCUCCAUGGCCAUGACCGGAUACUACCGCACCAUGAUCCGUCCGCGUCUCCACCGCCCCCUCAGCAUGCUCAAGUACGACCCCGUCGUGAAGAAGAAGGUGCUGUUCCUUGAGGCUACCAAGGGAGGACGGAACAAAUGA